AAAAACUCUGCUGGACCUCGCCAAGACGGAGAGCAAGGAAGCUGUGCUGCUCUACAGGACGCUGUGCAGGACUUUCAGGAAUUAGAAGUGCAGUGGGAUGCCUUUCUGCAACAUUUGGAUGAUGAGUUACAACUGAGUGCUAAAAGAUUGGAUGGUACUUCACAGAUAAAAUGCUUUUCACCUGAUACACCUCUAACUGACGCCAGAACAGGAGAAGCAGUAACAUUAGAGAAAUAUUUUGGGAGAGGUAAAAAGAUCCUGCUGGUGUUGAUCCGUCAGUUCUCCUGUCUACUCUGCCGUCUCCAUCUCAAAGAUCUGGAGAAAAACCAGCAGUCCCUGAACGCACACUCAAUUCAAGUGGUGGUCCUUUCAUUUGGGUGUCAGGAGGGAGCUUUACACUGGCUGCGGGAGACUGGCUGUCAGUAUGACAUGCUGCUGGACUCUGACAGGAAGAUAUACACUGCCUUCGGCCUGGGAGCGUCUCUGAAGAAAGUUCUGAACUUCAGGAACAUGCUGCUCUAUGCUGAAUACGUGGUGGACAAUAUGGAGUUUCCCAGAGGGCUGCCCUCAAUACAAGACGACAUGUUUCAGCUGGGAGGCAACUUUGUUUUGGACGAACAUGGGAGGGUGCUGUUCUCUCACUGCUGUCAGAGCCCCAUAGACAGACCCCCAGUGGAAGACAUUGUAUCUGUCUUACAAAGAUAAAGCUUCCUUUGUGCACAACACUGAACAAUAGAAACAGAAACCUGUGAUUUCAGAUGAAAAAACUAUUUGUUUCCUUACCGCUAUGACAAUCUGCAUGGUUUGCCAUAUAUUGUUA